AUGGCCAGGUCCAGGUUAGCCGGACUCCUCACAGCUGCUGGGAUAGUCUUCGUGGUCCGAUACCUCUCCACACACACGACACGCCCUCCGCAUUACAGGGCAACAGGGUCAUUGGAUCUACACCCCCAGACAGGUCACGGAAGAUGUGGACGACUGAUGAGAGGAUACCCAGAUCACGUGAACACGACAGUCUCACAACCCUGGCAUACGACACGUGUUUCCAGAAGGGUUGAGCGAGGCUGUGGCGAUUUGGUACAACCCCAUCACCGCCGUCGUCCUGUGUUGGAAGAGGAGACGGCGUUCCCGUUGGCGUUUGCCCUCAUCGUCCACACCGCCCCUGAUCAGGUGGCCCAGCUGAUGAGAACAAUCUACCGACCUCACAACGUGUACUGUAUCCAUGUUGACAGGAAGGCAAGCCGGUCUGUGAGUGUCCCCCUGGCUCAGUGGGCCACGUGUUUCCACAACGUAGUGGUCCUGCAGGAAGUGGGGGUGGUCUACGGUGGCAAUGGCUUAGUGACGUCGGCAGUUGCGUGCAUGAAGAUGUUGGCAAACAGCACGAUAGAGUGGAAGUACUACAUUCUUCUCUCCGGACAAGAGUUCGUUCUUAAGACCAAUCUGGAGAUUGUGCAAAUAUUGAAAAUACUGAAUGGCACAAAUGAUGUUGAACAAUAUCCGUUCCCUAGGGAUCUACGAUGGAGGUUUGAAACACGGUAUUCGGUCGUCAAUGGGACCAUAAAGACUCGACUUAAUGACACCAAACCAGCCUUCAAGCGGAACAUCACUCUCUACAAGGGAAGCAUGUAUGGGAUGUUUUCCCGCGCUUUUGCUAUUUAUAUUCUCGAGAGCGACAUUGCAGCAGAGUUGAUAGACUGGGCAGCGGAUAGCUAUGCGCCGGAGGAAUUGGUGUGGGCGACGUUGAAUGCCCAGCCCGGGGCUCCUGGGGGAUAUGACGUCACUGUCAAGCAUGAUGUCACACAGAACCAGGUUCUGUCUCGAGCCGUGAUCUGGGAGUGGGACAGAGCGCGAUGUCAGGGCAAGUUUGUUCGGUCCGUGUGUGUGUUCAGCCAUAGAGAUCUCCCCUGGUUGGUCAGUCGACCGGAAGUCGUGGCUAACAAAUUCCAUUCAAACUUGGAUCAGUUGGUUAUUGACUGUCUCGAGGGUUGGUUACAUCGUAAAGCGAUGCUGGGCGAAACAUUUAACUUGAACUGGUAUCACUAUAGAAACGUCCCGCAGUCCCGACUGCGCAGCUGCAAGUAG